CUCCCAAAUUAAUCCGUUAAAUAGAGGUUUUACUGUAUCGAUUUAUAAUAUUUUUUGAAAAAAUAUAUCGAUAGAAAGUAUAAUACGGUAUAAGUAUAUUGAAAUAUACCUACUUGUACUGGCAACACUGAAAAAAUUCUUACAACUAGCCGCGAAAUUUCAUCGGAGGUUAUUAUUGACUUCGUAAUUUCGUGAAGAUGAGUUUAUGGGUUGAUAAACAUCGUCCAACACAUCUUUCAAAAUUAGAUUAUCAUAAAGAACAAGCAAAUAACUUAAAAAAGUUGGUACAAGCUGGCGAUUUCCCUCAUUUAUUAAUUUAUGGACCUUCUGGUAGUGGAAAGAAAACAAGAAUCAUGUGUUUGUUGAGAGAAUUAUAUGGCACGGGUAUAGAAAAAUUAAAGAUUGAACAUCAAACUUUUACUACAGCAUCUAAGAAAAAGAUAGAAAUAGCUACCAUAUCAAGCAAUUAUCACAUUGAAAUAAAUCCAAGUGAUAUUGGAAUAUAUGAUAGAGUGGUGAUUCAGGAAAUGUUGAAAAAUGUUGCUCAAACACAACAAUUAGAAACAAAUGUACAGAAAGAUUUUAAAGUUGUAGUUCUUAUGGAGGUUGAUAAGUUAACAAAAGAUGCCCAACAUGCAUUGAGAAGGACAAUGGAAAAAUACAUGACAACAUGUCGGCUAAUUUUAUGUUGCAAUUCUUCAAGCAAAGUUAUUCCAGCAGUAAGAAGUAGAUGUCUCGGUGUUAGAGUUGCUGCACCUUCAAUAGAAGAAAUUGUAAACAUUUUGAAGAAUACAUGUAGAAGAGAGGGUCUCACUUUACCUACUGAACUGGCACAGAAAAUUGCAGAAAAAAGUAAUAGAAAUUUACGACGAGCUCUUCUGAUGUGUGAAGCCUGUAGAGUACAGCAAUAUCCCUUUUCUCCAGAUCAAAAUGUCAUUCUUCCUGAUUGGGAAAUUUAUUUACAAGAAACAGCAAAUAUGAUAGUGCAAGAACAAAGUCCAAAAAGAUUAUUUGAAGUUAGAGGAAGAUUAUAUGAAGUUCUUGCUCAUUUAAUUCCUCCUGACAUCAUUUUUAAAAAUUUGUUGAAAGCUUUGAUUUCAAAUUGUGAUGGUCAACUGAAAGCAGAAGUGAUAAAAUUAGCUGCUUAUUAUGAACAUAGAAUGGAACUCGGCAGUAAAGCCAUUUAUCAUCUCGAAGCUUUCGUUGCAAAAUUUAUGGCUAUUUAUAAAAAAUUUCUAGAAGACAGCAUGGCUGAUUAUUUUUGAAAAAAAAAUAAGUUUAAAAAUUUUAAUGAAGAUAUAAAAUAUAUAUAUAUAUAAAUAUAAAUAAACAUGAAAAAUCA